GGAGUAAGUUGCAAUUUUAAAUAAGGUACUUAGAGCAGACCUCUUUGGGAAGAUGACAUAUAAGAACACACUUGAAAGAGGCAAGAUUAUUGGCUACGGAAAUAGCUUGAGGUGAAGGAAACAGCCAGUGGAAAGGCCCUAAAAUGGAAAUGGACGUAAGGAGGAAGAGAAAGAGGGUCAGCGUGGCUGAAGAGAUUAGAGUGAAGGGGAGAAUAGAAGAGGUCAGAGGGCAAUGGUCACAUUUAUAGACUUGUAUGCCACAGUUAAGGACUUCAGCAUUUAUUUCAAGUGAGUAGGAGAGGAAGUUAGAAGUAAUGGGCACAUUCUGUAGGGCCUUGCGUGCCUUUGCAGGGACUUUAGCUUUUAUUUUGAGUAAGACUGAGCCAUUGGAGAGUUUUGAAUAGAGAGAUGAAAUGAUCCAACUUAAGUUGUAAAUGGAGCACUCAGACUGCACGAAUAAGAAGAGAGACAGAAGGAAGCCAAGGAUAGAAGCAAGGAGACCAGUUGGAAGGCUACUGCAGUAAUGAGAAGGAAGGGAGAUUGCUGGUGAUGGUGGCUCAGACCAGAGUGGUAGUAGUGGAGAUUGUAUUCUGGGUACACAGUGUUAAUAUUUCCAAUUUUUCUUCCUGUGCUCCUCCAUUUCCCACAGAUGCCUCAGAUCCUCAGUGGUUUCCUCUUUUUUCUAUGAUCACAUUCCUCUCUUUUCUCUUUCCUUCACCAAAUAUGCAGGAAAACAAGAUGCAAGAUUAUAGCUGACUUCAUAUUGCUAAUGAGCCCCCAAAUCAGGGCAUAUUUGACACAUCGAACCAAAUAACAGCUGUCCUGUAGGUCAGUAAGGACCCUUUGGCUGGCACCACCAAGACUUAUAUCCCCCAAGGGAAGCUGGCAUCUACAGGAGUCACUUCAUAACUUAUUGUUUGGGAGCAGGAUCCAACCAGCAGGAAGAAACCAGGACAAUGGUGGAAGACUGUCAAAGAAACCUGGGUAAAAAUAUGCAACAGGUAAGAAGAGGAGGGUCUGUGAUACAGCCCAAGAAGGAAGAAGUGAGUUCAGAAAGAAGGAAAGUAGUGGGAGUGGUGGUGGGCCUGGACUGACCUUGUGGAGGUCUCUCCCUCUGGCUAUUGUUUAUUUCUGCUUGACCUGAUGAUCAUUAAAGCUCUGUGGUUAUGGAGAGUAACUGGAUGCCAUUUCUUUUUUUCAUAAGGUAUAUUAAGAACUGAGUUCUUGAUUUUUCUCCCUCCUUUUGUUAUUUCUGUGAGACAGUUUCCAUCAACAAACCUUUAUGAUUGGAUGGUUGGUUGCAUCUUCCCGUGUAUUUUUCUCACCUCCAUAAUCUCUGUGAAUUCAUUCUGUGCCCUACAACAGGUUGUGCUGUCAGAUGAGAGUCCAGGACCACCAAGCCAGCUUCCUUGGAUCCGCCCUGAUUCCCAGCACCUUCAGGAAAGAGCUCUACCAACUCCUCAAUAUCCUGCCUUUACUAAAUAUGGAAGCCAAGGAAACCUGGCAGGAGCAGAUAUCACACUGAUGAGCCAGGCCCAAGAGUCAGUGACAUUUGAGGAUGUAGCUGUGAACUUCACUAACCGGGAGUGGCAGUGUCUGACCUACACUCAAAGGCAUCUCUAUAAAGAUGUGAUGUUGGAAAAUUAUGGGAACAUGGUAUCACUUGGAUUUUCAUUUCCUAAACCUCCUUUGAUCUCCCAUCUGGAACGAGGAGCAGAGCCCUGUGUUCAGGAUUUACAGGACAGGGAGUCCCUGAGCUGUUCUUACCCAGUGUCAACUGACAAGACAUGGCCAGAGAAUGAGAAGUCAAGUUUAGAACAAGAGGCUUUUGAAAAUGGAGAAGUCUGCUGGGUAAAAUUUAACAGCCUCCUAAAAGUUGUUUCCCUGGAUCUUGAAGUUAAAGGUUGUGUACAGGAUGUCAAAUUAGAAAAUCAGUGGAAAACACUCAUAAACGAGAAAUUGAGAGAAAAGAAAAAAGACUCUGAGAAAAUGACUUUCAAAAAAGGAAAAAACCAGAAGGUACUUAGAAAAAAUUUCAAUCCUAACUCAAAACAUAUUCCAUAUACUAGAGUUCCUACGGAACAGAAGUUCCAUGAAUGUGCCAAAUGUGACAAAAACUUCAGUUGGCAUUCAGACCUGAUUCUCCAUGAACGAAUUCAUUCUGGUGAGAAACCCCAUAUGUGUAAUGAGUGCGGGAAAGCAUUCAAGACCAGAAAUCAGCUUUCUCUGCACCAAAUAAUCCACACAGGGGAGAAGCCCUUUAACUGCCCUCAGUGUGGGAAAGCCUUCAAUAGUAGAUCAGGUCUUUGCCGUCAUAAAAAAACCCACAGUGGGGAGAGGCCUCACGAGUGCAGGGAGUGUGGAAAGGCCUUCAAAACCAGGAACCGUCUCAGUAUGCAUCAGAUCAUCCACACUGGAGAGAAGCCUUAUGAAUGUAAUGACUGUGGGAGGGCCUUCCAGUUUAAGCAUUCCCUUACCAUCCACAGCAGAAUCCACACUGGGGAGAAACCAUAUGAAUGUGAGGAGUGCGGGAAGGCCUUCAGCGGCAGUUCAGAUCUCACCAAACACACAAGAAUCCACACUGGGGAGCGGCCUUAUGAGUGCAGUGAGUGUGGAAGGGCCUUCAGUUGGAGCUCAGACCUAAGCAAACACAAAAGAAUCCACACACAGGAAAAACACUACAAGUGCCCCCAGUGUGGAAAAGCCUUCGGUAUCAAGGCAGAACUCACUAAACACAGAAGGAUCCACACUGAAGAGAAACCUUACAAGUGUGACAAGUGUGGGAAAGCCUUUCGUCAUAACUGUAAGCGCAGGACUCAUGAACGAGAACACACUGGGGAGAAGCCCUAUCAAUGUGGGGAUUGUGGGAAAACGUUCCAUGAUCAGCACUGCUUUACCAUCCAUCAAAGAAUCCACACUGGAGAAAAACCUUAUAAAUGCUCAGAGUGUGGCAAAGCCUUCAGUGGGAAAUCAAACUUGACCAAUCAUCAAAGAAUUCACACUGGAGAGAAACCUUACAAAUGUGUGGUGUGUGGAAAGGCCUUUCAUCAUAGUUCAGUCCUGAGGCAGCACAAAAGAAUCCACACUGGUGAGAAGCCAUAUACCUGCAAUGACUGUGGCACGUCUUUCCGUCAGUGCUCAGCUCUAAUCGGACACAAGCGAGUUCAUACAGGGGAAAAACCUUAUGAAUGUGAGGAGUGUGGAAAAUCUUUCAGAGUCAGCUCAAAUCUCACUGGUCAUAAGAAAAAAAAACAUCGAAUAUAGAGAACCCAUAAACUUGAUGAGAGGGAGAAACCCCUCUCUUCAGUAACUAUAUCCCAGACCUCAGUAGUCAGUAUUUUGACCACCAAUGCCUGAGUGUAACAAUUCUGUUUACACUUUCCGUUUCUCCUUCUACCCUUUAAACUGGCCCUUCUUGUCUCCUAUAUUGGUUAAUCCUGACUUCCUGACCCCCAAUUUUGAGUUCUCCAAAGGCAUUGUAUUUCUUCAGUGAGCACAAUCACUGCCAAGAGUUUGUCAAUCAUUUCAUAAUAAUAAUACAUACUAGUGCUUCCUAGGCGCCAGGCACACUAUUCUAGGGCUUUAUACAUUUAACUUAAUCCAUACAAUAUCCCUAUGAAAUGAGGAAUUUGAGGCAUAGAAAGAUAAAAAAACUUGCCCAGGAUCACAUAAUUCUGCACAAAUGACCCCCAAAUGCUCAGACUUACAUGGGCAAUUCCUGUUUUCAUGUACCACACCUUUUGAACAUGAAGCUGAACCUCAGUUCAACACAAAACUUUUUUUAGUUGAUAAACAUUGAUGAGUUAAAGCAAGUUUUUAGCAAGUUGUUAGUUUGUUUUUAACUUAAAUCCUGAAUGGUAUUUCUCCAUAUUGUAUCAGAAUUGCUGAGAUUUAGGGUGAAAAGGGAGGUGGGAAAGAGCAGGUUUAAAAAUUACAGAUAAGGAGAAGUCGGCUGUAAAUGCUCAAGUAGCAGUUUACAUACGGAAAGAGCGUGAAGCCUGCCCCACUUUAAGUUAUAAAUACAACAAAUUUUUUUAAAUGUUUAUUUCUUAAAUAUUUGCUGUGUCCAUUUGCAUGAUACAUGAAAUACUCUUUCAAAUUUAUUAGUAAAUGUGUAUCUUUUUAGGUCUCUGUCUUUUACUUCCAUCCUUUUCUCUUCCAAAUGUUACCACCUUAUCAGUUCCUAUUGCAGAGAGAAUUAAAUACCAGCAUACAAUAAGGCUGUUAAAAUAGAAAUUGAAAAAUCCUAGAAGAGAAUGUAAAUGUGUUGAUUCAAUUAACAAUAAUAACUAUAAUUGAGAAUUAAAUUUAACUCUAAGUUUCUGCUGGUAAAGUAAUGAACAGUGAGUUACCCAGCAUUUCUCAAAAGUGUUAUACAAGGUAGUAGUUGUUCUUAAAUAAUAAUUUUGGGAAAUGAUAACUAGGUGGGUUUUUUAACUCUCUCUUAAAGACUUCUCAGGGCAUAAUAUGCUAAUGUCCAUUCUAAAUCAUAAAUGAGGGAGCUGAAAAAAAUUGCUUUCCAAAAUCAAUUCACCAUAGAUCCCUGUUUGGGGAAGCAUCUUCAUGAAUUCGUUUCACAGAAAACAUUUUGGAAAAUGGUUACAUAUUACCUAGUAAUAAAGGACAAAGAUGCAAUUUUCUAGUAACAAAUUCCAAAGGGGAUUACAUGGUUUAUUAUACAAAAGACAUAAGAUGAAAACAUUGUUCCUUAGGUUCAGUUUCUACAGGAAAUUAGAGCAUACUCUUUAUAUGGCCAUUUCUUACAUAGUUUAUAGAUGAAAGCAUUUAGGACAUAACUCUGAAAUUGUUUCUAUAGAGGAUGAAACUGGGUAUGUGACCUUUAGAUAGAUAUAUGACUUAAGGACAGAGCUUCAGAUACAUCUGAACAGGAGUUCCUCUGCAACUGGCCCACCCAGAUAACCUACAGUGAAGAUCAACAGGUCCAAGUCCUCCCGUUAGUUUCUCAACAGUUUAAUAGUCCUCUAUUUUUUUUUAAGUUUAUUGUAGAAAAUUUCAAAUUCAUGCAAAAGUAGAGAAAAUAGAAAAAUGAAUCCACGUACAUGUCACCCAGCUUCACCAAUUAUUAACUCAGGGUUAAUCUUGUUUCAUCUAUAUCCCUACCCCUUCUCCCUGCUCAAGAUUAUUUUGGAGCAAAUUCCAGAAAUUGUGUUUUAUAUGUAAAUAUUUGGUUAACUAUAGAAGAUAAUGACUCUUUCAAAAACUAACAAUAGUACAGUCAUCACACCUAAACCAAAUUAUCCAUUUCGUCAAUAUCAUCAAAGAUCAUUCAGUGUUCAAAUUGUCUGUCUUCAUUAUUUUCACAUUUUUUAAAAUCAGUAUUCCAAUAAAGUCUAUACAUUGUGA